GCAGAGAUGAAAGAAGUUCAUCCUGUAACUCAGCGCUCUGCUGAGUUAACGCCGCGGGACAGCCUUGCAGCUGAUAAGUAUGUUGUGCGCAAGUUCAGCCACGCCUUCCCCGCCUUCAGCCUGAUGCAACAACGUCACUACACCGAGAAUGCAACAACAAGCGCUGUCUAUAGGUCCCAUGCUUUUGCAGCUUACGUUCUACUACAAAACUACAUAUUUUAG